AUGAAGUUCGGAAAACAGUUGAUUUUAAGAGCAGCGGAUCCAAAAUGGUCACAAUAUUAUAUGGAUUAUAAGAUGUUAAAGAAAUUUAUAAGGAUUUCGUAUAAUGAGCUAAAGGAAAAGAACUAUAGUCAUGAAAUCUUAAAAAAUAUUGAUAACGAAUUUUUUAAGCAUUUAAUGCAUGAACUUGAGAAGAUUGAUGAUAGAUAUUGUUUUAUUGAGAAGAGUGCGACGGAAUUAUUAGAAAAACUGGAUGAAUUAUGGAACGAUGAAAUGCCGGAUGUAGAAUUGAAUGAAUGGAGGAAAUCUUUAUUACAAGUUAUUACGACGUUAGAAGAAUUGCAAGAAUAUGUUCAAAUUAAUAUGGUAGCGAUUGUUAAAAUCAAAAAAAAAUAUGAUAAAAAUGUAAAGAAGAAGAAGAAGAAGAAGAAGAAGGGAAAAAAGAGGGAUUUAAAUCAAAAGUUUUUUUUUAAUAAUGAUAGGUUUUUAUCGAAUAAUUUGCCGGCAAAAGCAUUAUUGAAUUUGUUGAAAACGGAAGAAGGUUCUAAUGAAAUGAAUAUUAACUAUUCUCCAAUGACAUCGAAGAUGGAUAAAUAUAUUACACCUAAUUUGCAUUUUGGAACUUAUAAGCAAGAUAUUGGAUUUGAUGAUAAGGAAUUACUAAGCCUUACAUCUAAAUUUAAAUUUGCAAUGAUGGAUAUCAAUGAAUGUUUACUUAAUAAAGCUCGAGAGUUAUGGAGAAAGCGUACGCCUCCUCCAGAAGUUCCUGAAGGAUGUCCAAAUAUUAAGUUAUUAACUUUGGAUGAUUCUGAAAUCCCUACAACAACAUCUUUAGAUCUAGAAUCAUUGCCUAGAGGAAGAAUUAGCAAGUUAUGGAUUUCUCUUAUUGAAGAUGCUCUUAAACCUUUAUCUGUUCCUGUAUUAGUCGCGAGAGGUGUAAAACAUGGUCCAGUCGUAGGACUUACGUGCGCCUUACACGGUAAUGAGGUGAAUGGUAUUCGAGUCGUUCAUCGUUUAUAUCAAUCUGAGCUUAAUCCGGAAUCACUUCAUGGUACUAUUGUUGCAGUGAUCGUUGCAAAUAUUCAAGGGUUUUUAUCAUCAUCUAGAGGUUUUGAAUCACAAGAUUUAAAUAGAUUAAUGCCAGGGAAAAAAAAUGGAUCUACUUCUCAACAAUAUGCAUAUAAUUUGAUAGAAAGAAUCGUAAAAAAGUUUGAUUAUUUAAUAGAUCUUCAUACUGCGUCUAAGGGAAGAGUUAAUUCUUUAUACGUAAGAGCCAAUAUGUUAGAUGAUCGUACGAGAAAAAUGGCAGUUUUACAAAAUCCUCAGAUAAUCGUACAUAAUACGGGUCCAGAUGGAUCUUUAAGAAGUGCUGCCAUGGCUGUUAGUAUUCCUUCUAUUACGAUAGGGAAUCCAAGUAUAUUUCAAAAGAGAUUUGUCAAAAAUGCUUUAUUGGGUGUUUCCAAUAUUAUAAGUCAUUUAGCUAUGAUUCCGGAUGAACAUCAACAGGCUGAAUUUAAACCAGUUAUUUGUGAUAAAAGUUAUUGGAUAUUUACCACUAAGGGCGGGAUUUUGACUUCAGUAAUUCCGGAAGUAAAUACAUGGGUUAGAAAGGGGGACGUAAUCGCAACAAUUCAUUCUAUUUUUGGACAGUUAAUCGAGACUUAUACCGCACCAGAAGAUUGCAUUAUAGUUGGAAAAGAGAUAGAUCCUGUUGCUAGUUCAGGUACAACCCUAUAA